GCGAUUUAGGUCAAACCCUAAACGACAGCGUAUAGCUCGAAUACAGUAGAAAAAUACUGUUGAAAAGUUGGAAACUUGGCAAUUAUGCUCUCCAUCUUCUGGGGUUUUUCAGUCUCGCUAAUCUUACAAGCUCGCUGAAUCGGUAAUUUGGAGCUGAGAGAGAAAGAGGAAGAUGAGGGAAGCCGUAGUGGGAUUCUUUGUGGUUGUUUAUUUUCAGCUUCUCCAACUUAGCUCAGCUAACAUUGUUCUCCAACCAUCUGAAAUUCUUAUCUCCGACCUUCCCGCCAAAUAUGCUGUUGCUGUCGAUGGCUCUGAAAUAUGUGGAGCUUUGCUUGUAGCAGACCCUUUGGAUGCCUGCUUGCCUCUGCGCUAUGGUUUUCGAUCAAAUGAAACUGAUAUAACAAGGUUUGCUUUAGUAGAAAGAGGUGAAUGUACUUUUGAGGAUAAAGUGCAACACGCUCAAAAUGCUGGAUUUCGUGCUGUGAUUGUUUACGAUAAUAGAAGAGAAAAAUUGGUUCACAUGACGAUAAACAGCAAGAAUGUCACAAUUCGUGCCGUAUUUGUUUCCAAAGCAUCUGGUGAAAUGCUAAAGGAACGUGCUCGUGGGGAAGAAGGGGAAUGCUGCAUCUUCGUAUUACCAAAUGAAAAGGCCUGGUCGGUGUUUGCUGUAUCUUUCAUCUCAUUUCUAACUGUAUUGGGUCUCCUUGUGAUUGCCAUCUGUGCUCAGAGAAACUGGGGCUGGUCCUACUCUCAAGGAAGAAACCAACUUCCUAAAAGUGCGGAUACCAAGAUUGUGGAUGCUCUACCUUGCUUCACAUUUAGUUCUGCUGGUUUGGAUGAAUGCCACACUGAAGAAACUUGUGCCAUCUGCCUUGAGAAUUACAAAGAUUCCGAAAUUCUUAAAGUUCUCCCCUGCCAACAUGAAUUUCAUUCAAGCUGUGUGGAUUCAUGGCUGAAAAAAUGGGGGAGAAACUGCCCUGUGUGCAAGAACGAUAUAAGAAAGAAAAUUGCGAAUGCUGAGAUCAAGAGAAAAACCUGGUUAUACAAUUAGCGAAUGGAAAAUAUGACUCCCAAGGUAUUAAGGGUUGCUCCUGUUUUUUGUGGACAUCCAUACAAACGCCACUCGAAUGUGUUCCAUUGCGUGGAUUGAAGAGACAUAAGGAUGAUAUUUGUCUACACUGCCAUGGAAAUAUCAGUAACAGCUGCUGCUUAAUGUUUCCGUGAAAGCGUACAUCUUGAAUGCAACUUGAAUAAACCUGCGCUCUCGACGCAGAUCCGUUCAUAUGAAUCACCACAAAUUUGAUGACCCUCUGCAAUCUGCCGCAUGUGUUGCAUGAAGCUCAGCUCGGAAUCGGGGGUUGUCACCGUUGAUGUUCAAGAAGCAAAACAUCUGCUCGAAUCUGGCUAUGGUUUUUUGGAAGUUAGGAUUACUUAUGGUAUAAGCGCUUAUAAGUGGAAGGGCUUUCUACACAAGCAAUCACAAACAGCCCUAGGUUUCAAACUUUUCAAUGGGUAUUAAGGGAGUGGGGAUGAGUUUAGCCUCACAAUGGGUUAGUAAUGAUGUGGUACAAACUCGCCUUUGACGAGAAUUGAACCUAAGAUCUCUUAUUUACAAGACGGAGGAGGAGUACAAGAAAGGGCAUGUGGAUACAAAGAAGAUUCUGAACAUUCCUUACAUGUUCAAUACACCUAAAGGUAGGGUGAAAAAUCCCCAGUUUUUGGAAGAGGUUUCAUCUGCUUGCAACAAAGAUGACCUU